GUAUGGAAGGCUUUCGCAAAUCGCCAUAGACCACUAUUCUCGACAUGGCGAGUGGGGGAAAAAAUGGGGUUAGGGUUGUCUGUGUGACUGGAGCAGGGGGAUACAUUGCAUCAUGGCUUGUCAAGAAUCUCCUUGAAAGUGGUUACACAGAACAUGCCACUCUCAGAGAUCCAGGAGAUGAGAGAAAAUGUGGGCCUGUGUUGAAUCUACCAGGGGCACAAGAGAGGCUGAAGCUCUUCCAAACGGAUCUCUUGGAAGAGGGCAGCUUCGAUUCUGCAGUGGAGGGCUGUCAAGGAGUUUUUCAUUUAGCCAGUCCCGUAGCCGGUGAUAAAGAGAACACGCCGGAGGAUUAUAUUGUGGCCGCUGUAAAUGGAGUACUGAAUGUUAUGAGAGCUUGUACAAAAGCUAAAUCUGUUAGGCGAGUGGUUUACACCUCAUCUCUUUCAGCAGCCUGUCCGCUGAGUGAUAAGGGGGAAUUAGCUUCGUCAUGUCUGGAUGAAUCAUGUUGGAGCCCUAUCGAUUUCCUCAGAUCUCACACAAAUAAACUGGCCUGGUAUAUGGCGGCCAAGACUUUAGCGGAACAAGAGGCUCUUAAAUACGGUACUCAUAACGAGAUUGAGGUGGUGACUAUCCUGCCACCGAUUGUGCUUGGCCCUUGGUUUACAGAGACGCCUGGUUUUUCAUCUUCGCAAACAGUACUAUCGCUUAUUAAAGGUUGUGAUCUCCCGAUUCACUCACUAUCUUGGGCCGAUACCCUCCACACUUGGGAGCCGCACAAGCUAACCUAGUACCCUGCUCUAAGACCAUGAGAAUUUGCUGGUAGAGUAUGCAGAAUUUGUCUUAUUCCCAUCAAUUCAUUUGCUCGAAAGUUUCUUAAUUCCAUUUUGUGGGACUCUUGCAAUCAUUGCAAUCUUUAGAGGCAUUCUAACAAACAGUUCAUGUGCCUGACUAAGCUUCCACAUUUGCAUGUGUCUACCAGUGAGGUUGCAGUUCUAUAACAAUACUCUACUGUUAUCCUUUGAUAGAAGUCCUCUUGGAAAAAUCUUAGGCAAGGAGAAUGCUGGGAAAGGUUAUGGAAUUUUUGUGCACCUUAUUAAUACUUCUACAUAUUGCAUACAUUUA